AUGGAUGUCGAUCAGAUGGACGUUGAUGCUACCGUCAAGCCUUCCACAACCAACAAUACGACGACAAUAGACGACGACGAUGACGAUCCUGUGACUGCAACUUAUAAUGUCUUUAUCAACCCUUCAUUGCCGCUAGGCCGACGUCUUCUCGUUCUCCAGCACCCGAACCGCACUGAUGAGGCUACCCGGCCACCUCCCACCGAGCUGCGCGUCAAGGCCCAGGCCGGUAUGGUCGAAGUUGACGUUCCUCUCGACAAUACUGUAGCAUACGAUCGUGAGAAAGGGCUGAAGUGGGGUAAGACCCUGAACGCUUCUAUGGCCACCAAGAACGGCGGCAGUCACGGUCUAGCUGGUGGCUUCGGCUUCGGCACUGUUCAGGCUCGAGGCGGGAGGAAGAAGGCGGAAGAGGAGGAUGAGGUUAUGGACUGGACAGAGGCUGUUAGGCAGGAUAAGGUGCUUCGUACACAGACACUGGGUGGGCAGUAUCCCGAGUACAAGGAAGUCCAACAUAUGGUUGGUGUUUUCCAAGGCAAGGAUCUACAUCUUACGCCUGUAUCAUCUCUUGUUCACCUGCGACCGCAACUUCACCAUAUCGACGCAACUGUCCAGCAGGAGCGACAGGCCGCAGCCACCAAAGACUCGGCUCCUACCACAGCAGGCGGCACUGCUCGUGCCAUUCACAUGACCGUCAAAGCCACUGGCGAUGGCGAAACUGUGACUACAGAAACAAUGGCCGACCGUCUACGCUCAGUACAGACAGAGCACUGGCGCACGAUGCAUUACACAGAUGAGAACGAGGAGGCGGCGUGGGAAGUUUAUAACGAAAGCCUCUUCUUACGUCCUACUCAAGAAGACGAGGCGGAGGAGAAGACUGACGACGCCGACGAGAAAGAACAAGCACUCGAGGAAUCGGUACCCAAAUUUGCCCGCCGAUGGAACGAUGACGAUCUUCUUUAUGCGGUCAGCGGAAUUAAGAGACCAAAGACGCCUGAGCCUGUUGUAAAGGAGGAGCCUAAGCCAGUUCCUACCAAGAAGCCAGAACAGCUGGCACCUGAGUCGGAAGAGGCACGUAAACCUAAACUCCGUCCCCGUGGCGGAGCCGCAGGAGGUGUUGCUCGACGAGGAGGUAAACCCAGGGUUGCCACUUCAAAGACAGUCAACAUUGACGAAUAA